CGAUGUUAGUAAUAAAUUAGACUGAGUCUCGUCUAAACAGGUUAUAUACCUUUGGAAAAAACACACAACAGUUAUUGAUAACUGCCGAAAAAAGGGGAAGAAGAGUCGAUGGAACAAAGUCCUGACAGGCAUAAAAAUACACGAGAAGAAAAAACACGUUCAGACAAAGUUGCAUCUUCCUCCACACACAUUGCAGACGAUUCUAAAUUGAAGAGGCCACAUGCAGUUAGGAGUAUUUCUUCGUCAGUGACAGUUGCACAGGCAACUAAAGGAAAAUAUAUUCCAGGUAGCCGCGGUGCUAAAUCAAGGCCUUCCAAUGGAGCUCCUGAAAUGGGAAUAAAAAGUAUGGAAGUAUUAGAUGAUUCAUACGUUGUUCAGACUGUUGAAAUAAUUAAAAGACCCGGUCAAACUCUCGGAUUUUAUAUACGCGAGGGAAAUGGGUUUGAUCGACAGGAUGGAGUAUUUAUAUCACGUAUUCAGAUGGGAACAGUAGCAGAAAGUAAUGGAUUACUUCAUGUGGGUGAUGAAAUUGUGACAGUUAAUACUGUGGCUGUUACACACAUGUCCUUAGAUGAUGUUGUCAUAUUAAUGUCAAUUCCUAAAAAAUUAGUUUUAACUAUAAGAACUCGAAGAAAUUGCAAUAAUAAAAAUAAAUCAUGUCCAUCCCUGGCCUUAUCGGAAAGAGAGGACCCACCUGUGGUUGUGUUAAAGAAAGGACGCUCCAGUUCUGCAUCUGCUUUAGAAAUGACUGAAAAAUGCCCUGAUGCCUUUGAUCAUUAUGCUCAUCCAGUCCCCCAUCAGUUUCAUCAAAGUGAACAUGUAUCUAAAAAAGAUGCUUGCCAAGAAAAGCCUACCUCUUCUCGCUAUGCCAGUAUUUAUAUUUCACCCCAAAGAGCAGAAGCAAGGCUUGUACCGGAUGAAUCGGGUAUGGAUAGUGGGGGUUCGAGUGAUGGAUCGUUGCCUCGGAGUCUCGAUUUGCCCGUUAAUAGACAUGGACAAAAACCUACUCCAGCAUUGGAAGCAUCAAUAGAUAGUCCUGGUUCUUACAUCAGCCCAUCAUCCACUAUUUUGGGACAAUACAGUUUUACAGGUGAUCGUGAAUAUUACAAAUAUUUAUUACCAGAGACUACAGCACGAAAACCUCCGUUAAAAUCUCCUUCGAGGGGACCCAUCGUGUCUCAUUCUCAACCACGAAUGGUGCAGCAGGAAGAUCCUCAUGCUAUUUAUGUUAAUGUAGAUGCUAUAUACGGAAUGACAAAUCCACAUCAUAAAGACUAUGUGUCAUAUAGGGGUUAUCACGAAGAAAAGAAACCCCCAGAACGAAUUCGUGAUAUGAUUCAUUCCAAAACUAGGUAUGGACGUUUAUUAAGGAGUCGUUCGCCAGAGUGUUAUAAUUCAGAUUCGGAAGUCAUUUACUCUCAUCCUCGACAAGUUGAUCCGCGUGGGUUUGCCUCAGACUAUGAAGCUUAUACUGGAGCAAUAAGUGAUGACGAUGGUCCUGUGUAUUCUGUCCCACAUAUAUCAGCCAGUAGCAGCUCGGAGCUGCACCAUUUAUUAAAAAAAUUUACUACUCUAUCUCAGGAACUACAACAAGAGCAAAGUAAACUUCAACGACAACUUUCAGCAAGAGAUAAGACCAGAACAUCAGUCAUGUCUUUGCCUCGUCCUGAAGCAAAUUUAUCAGAUGAUCAUUUACAACGACCUUUAACCUCUGGUCGAGGGUCACCUGGUCCAUCACGAAGGGCUGCCUCCACUCAAACUCCGGGUAUACAUCCUCGAUUACAACGCAAAACCAGUCAGGAUUCCCCGCUGGUUUAUAGAACAUAUCAAAUGGAUGAUUCAACAGACAGUGGGGAGCCACGAUACGCAAACGUCUUACCCCUCUCUCGUAGCGGAAUAUUAAGCGGGGGUCUGCCGCUUUCUACCUCACAAGCUAGUUUUAGUGAACGUUCUAAAAGUGUUGACACCAGUGUCAUACGUCCAUCGCGUUUUAAAGAUUUACAAUUCACCAAAAAACCUCUGCAUAUACCUUAUAGCGAGUUUGAGCCGUACAAGGCAGAUAUAAGAAAACGUGUGGAAAUAAGUCGAAUAUCUGGAUUAGACGGGCUGCUCAUGAUUCAUAUUAUGUCGGGUCAGGGGUUAAAAUCUUCAAAAACCACAUUACGUGAUCUAUACUGUGUCGUGGCUGUAGAUUCUGUAAAUAAAGCUCGGACUAUGAUUCGCACUGGUGCUAUCAACUUUGAUUGGGACGAGGCUUUUGACGUGGAUUUGGAAGACUCCAAGGAAGUUUCUUUUCUGAUCUACCAUUGGGAUCCUAAUUAUAAACAUCGUCUGUGUUUUCACGGCUCCGUUCUUCUGCCCGGAUACGUACAAAGUGGGCAGAAAAAAUUUGUGGCAAUAAAGAUGGAACCCAAAGGUAUUCUCUUUCUAACUCUGUUAUAUAAAGAACCUGCUAUAUCUUUACAAAGACUACCGUCUGUUCGGAAAAAUGGUUUAUUUGGCGUGGAACUUGAAACCGUGAUAAAACGUGAGAGUACUGGAUUAUGUGCACCGUGUGUUCCAAUUCUUGUGCGGAAAUGUAUUGAUGAGGUUGAACGACGGGGAUUGGAAACAAUAGGUAUUUAUCGUUUAUGUGGAUCAGCCAGACGGAAAGCCAUGUUGAGGGAGGCUUUCGAAAAAAAUGCAGAGGGUGUGGAUUUAUCAGCUGAAAAUAUUUCAGACAUCCAUGUUAUUACAGGUGUUCUGAAAGAUUAUUUACGAGAGCUUCCUGAACCAUUGUUUACCAACGCCCUCUAUCAAAUGCUACUAGAUGCACUAAGUGUGCGUCUGCCUGGUGAUCCCGAGGGUAGUGCAACGCUCAUGCUCAGUGUGCUCGAGUGCCUUCCUCAAGCCAAUCAGGAAACUAUGACCAAAGUGCUGAACCAUCUAAAACGGGUAGCUGCUCACAGUGAUAAAAAUAAAAUGACUUUAGAUAAUUUAGCCAUUUGUUUUGGUCCAGUUCUGCUGUGUCCUUCACCUAUCACCUCUAAUGAAGCUGCAUUGGAUUUCAAGAAACAUAUUGAAGUGUUAAAAUAUUUGCUGGAAAUUUGGGAUGAAAGUAGUAGCAGUAGUCUGUCCAAAUCUCCAACAGCUGAAACAGUUAUUUCUGUGGAUACCAAAUCGGGUACAGAGACAACCGACUCCCCUGAUGGUGCUCAAAAACAAACAGAUAACGUUGAAUCUUAAUACUAGAUAAAAUUAGUUAAUUUAUAUUAUCUAACAGCAAUAUAUGAUACAUAGAAUUAUUUAUAAAUUAUAUUGGAAAAUAUUCUUAACACAAAUUUAUUAAUAGAUAAUUUCUAUAUAUAGAUAACUUCUGUGAGUAUUCAUUUCAUAAAAUAAUUUUUCAUAUUGUCUGUUAAUAGUUCAUUAUUUCCAAUCCUUAAUACAUUUUUUAAAUUUAGUUAUGAUUGAUUAGUAUUAUGCCUGACUUGAUGGGCUCUUUUUCAAAGCCACAAUAAUUCCUGUUCUAAUUUGGGGAAAUUGCAUUGGAAUUAUUCAGUCAUUUGGUUUUAAUCAUAAUUAGAUAAUUUAUACGUUUCUUCAGUAAUUUUUACUUUAUGGUCUAUUUUAAUUUAAAGGAUUUUACUUCAUCUAGAGCCGUUAGAAUGAUUAACAAAAUAAAAGAGACUGUCAGUCAAAAUAACAAGUUCAUUGUUUUAUAGAAGAGCCUUAUAUAAUUGUAGAAAAAUUAGACAGCAUUAUAUCAGAUUAAGACAGUAGUUUUUGUUCUGUAUUGUGCUUUACAUAUGUUUUCAAUGGCAGCAGUGUUAAAGCUUUAUCUCUAAAGUAAAAGAAAUACCAAAGUUCAUAUUUAAAGUAUAGUUUAGCUGGAAGAUUAAGGGGAGACAAUUUAGUAGUAUUUUUCCCUCUGAAGACUAAGGGGAGACA